AUGUCUGUUGCCUUUGCACCUCGAGGUAACCGACCUCAAUUGACACCAGCCCAAAUUCAGAAAAUGUUAGAUGAGAAUGCUCAUUUAAUACAGACCAUUCAAGAAUAUCAAGCUAAGGGUCAGCUUAUGGAAUGUCACCAGUACCAGCAAGUGUUGCACAGGAAUUUAGUAUAUUUGGCAACUGUGGCUGAUGCCAAUCAGAAUAUUAACAUACUCCUGCCGCCACCGCAUCAAUUGGCUGCAGGAAAUGCUCAACAAGGCCCACUUAAUCCACCAACUAGUGGAGCAGAAGUUCCAGGAUCACCGCAACAAUCUUAUAGGCCACCUUCUGGAGUCUCUUCUACUCCAACAAGACCAACCCAGUCAUACGGUCAAAGGCCUUAUCCACAGAAUCAAUAUCAAGGACAAUACCAAGGUGCACCUGGAGUGUAUCCACCUCAGGCUGGCUAUGGACCACCUGGACAAGGAUAUGGGCCUCCUAAUCCACCACAACAGCCACAAGGCUAUCCACCCAAUUCAACAUAUGGCCCACCUAUCACUACUGCUCCUAAUAAUUAUCCUCCAUCCACACAUCCAGGUUCUGGAUAUCCACCGUCAUCUAGCCAACAGCCAUAUGCACCUCCACCAGGUAGUCCUGCUGCAGCAGGUUCACCUUAUCCAGUACGAGGGUCAAGUCAACCAGCGUAUACAGGGAAUUCAGGCUAUCCACCCCCACAAUCUGGUCCUAAUUACCCUAAUGUUGGUGUAAGUUCUUAUAAUUCUACCACAUCACAGCCUCAACCUUAUCAGUCGCAACCAUUCCCAAUUACCACACCGACUUACAGCUCAGCCCCUGUGUCACAACCUAACAGGUCUCCACAGCCCCCACCUAGUGGGUAUACUUCGCAGAACCCUACUAGUACUGGAUAUGGAUCCCCAUCUGCACAAUCUCCAACUUAUAAUUCAAGUUCCCAUGGAAAUAGUGUUCCUCCAUCAACAGUGGCCUCUGGGGCUCCACCCCAGAGUGGACCACCUGGACAACAAUAUCCACCUACAGGCCAACCAUCUCCUUAUCCACCAGCUACCCAACCACCUUAUUCUAAUCCAUCAUCACAACCCGGGAGUCCAGCACCAUCUGUAUCGACUGCACCACCUCCCCAGUCUUCAUAUCCUCAGAACCCUCAAAAUUAUGCACCAACUGGGGGAGCUUAUCCACCUCAUGCUUAUCAACAAGGUUAUCCUCCUGCUCAAUAUCCUCCAUCACCUUAUCCUUAUGCUAGGGCUCCUGCUCCAGGUGCUCCUCCACCAGGAGGACCACAACCCUAUCCAGGCUAUGGCUUUCAACCACCUAAUCAGCAG